GGCUGCGCUGAGCUGCGGGGCCGGAUGGCCGAGCCGCCCGCCCCGCGCACUCGGGCGGCGGCCGGCAGCGGGCGAGGACACCGGGCGAGCCCUCCCUGCCGGGAGAGCCAGCCCUGCGGCACACGGCAGCGCCAUGGUCUCAUGGAUCAUCUCCAGGCUAGUGGUGCUUAUAUUUGGCACACUUUACCCCGCAUAUUAUUCUUACAAAGCCGUGAAAUCAAAGGACAUCAAAGAAUAUGUCAAGUGGAUGAUGUACUGGAUCAUAUUCGCGCUCUUCACGACAGCAGAGACAUUCACGGAUAUCUUUCUUUGCUGGUUUCCAUUCUACUAUGAACUCAAAAUAGCUUUUGUAGCUUGGCUGCUGUCUCCAUACACAAAAGGCUCCAGCCUUCUGUACAGAAAAUUUGUCCAUCCAACACUGUCUUCAAAAGAAAAGGAGAUCGAUGACUGCCUCAUCCAGGCGAAAGACCGGAGCUACGAUGCCCUCGUGCACUUCGGGAAGCGGGGGCUGAACGUUGCAGCCACAGCAGCCGUCAUGGCAGCUUCAAAGGUCUCUCAGCUACUUCAUUUACACUUGUAUUUGGACCAGAAAAAAGGGCAGGGACAGGGAGCCCUGUCUGAGAGACUACGGAGCUUUAGCAUGCAGGAUCUCUCGACGAUUCGUGGAGACAGCAGCAGCACUGUUCCUCCUUCGGUCACUGUACGAACAAGUAGCAAACAGAGCCACCCAAAACCAUCCAGAAGUGCAUCAGAAGGCACUGGCAGCUCAGUGUGCACGUGCUGCUCAGUAUGCCGACUCCUCAGAGGUGAAAUAAGUGUGGACAUUAGGUAUGAGAAGCCACCUGAGACAAACUGUGAAACAAAAGGCUCAGUGUUCUCAGAUGAUGAAGAGAACGAUUGUGCAUCCAUGAACAAAAGACCCAAAAAGAAGGAUCAACCCCUUGAGGCACCGCCUAGGACCCUUAGACCUCGCUUCAGGAAGAAAAGUACCUCGUCCUCUGCCACUGAAACAAUGUGAGUGCAAUGAGCCGAUAGCACCAAUAUCCACAGAAUGUCUCUCUUCUGCCUUAAAGAGCUACUCGUUCAUAACGUAGGAAACAGCAGUGGGAUGGAUGUGCUUUGAUGUACAGCACUGUAGACAUGGCCUUUCUCCCUCCUCUCUCCGCACCCUUCUGUGACAUGCUGCUGGUGUUUGUCCCGACGUGGGUAGGACAGUCUGGCAGGCACCUGCAGGUGAGGGGUCCUGGUUUGGUUUGCAGAGUAUGCACCCACCCACAGUGUACAUUUACAGUUUCAUUUGUGUCUGCAUAGCUCUUGCUCUGUGAAUGCCCAGUGGAAACAACAAUAAUCCGUUACUCAUGAUGCUACAUUGACAGCGUAUUUAUUUAUGGCUUUAUCAUGGAUGAAGUGGAUUUGCAGAACACAUGGAUUUCUCUUUCCUCCCUUCCUCCUCAAGACUGUGAAUGAUGUAACAAAUGUCAAAGUACUUUGACUAUACAAAAUGUCCAAGAUUUGUUAGCAAAAGCUGGGCUGUAAUUGUGUUUUUCUGCAAGUAAAUCACAUGCACUGAGAAAAUCAUUGUGCUAAACCCACAGAGACAGAACCACUUACAGAGGAUGAGGAAGUGAUGUGCAAGAGAAAAAAAAUGGUUCCAGUGAUGUAAUGAAGGGGGAGUCCUAAUUUUGAUCAGCCUGAGCCAGGAGAGUAUUUUGUGGAAAAUGAUGUGUAGAAGACCUAAAUCCCACCAUUUGUGGCCAAUGUUCUACUGAGAGUUGUAAAGUGUGAGCAAGCCAGGUUUGAGCAAGCUGCAGCAACAGAAAUUAGAAUUGCUUUAGUGAUGCAUUUCCAGGGAAAAGCACACCUUUCUCCCCUUCUGCAACAGUGCCAGUCCCAGCAUUCUGCUCUGCUGCUGAGGGGCUGCUUUCUGCUUGCAUGAGCAGAGGAGGGUGCUGGGUCUGAGCUGCUUUUUGAAGCCUGGAGUUUCUCCUGUAGCAUGGAGUUUGGUUAGAACCACAAGAACCAGAUGGAGUGAUGUAUUUAUAUCCAUAUAUUAAUGAGAAAUAUUAAAGAAGAGGAAGACAUGGUAGGGUUUGUGUAUUUGUGCUUCAAGUUGGUGUCUCUUGUAAGUGUUGAGCAUGUGAGAUUCACACAUAAGUUAAUUACGUGACCCUUUGUGUUUGCUCUCAGACCUGUCACAUAGACUAGCAAAGCAUUUAGCAUUAUGUAGGAUGUGCCAUCACCAAUGGAUCAGCACAGGGGAUCGAUGGUGUCACUGUUCAUCUGGCUCAGGUGCAGCAGCCCAGGGUGCCAACAGCCAGCUGGAGUGUGCCAGGCUCAGAGAUAACUCUGAAGUGGCCUUUGAAACCAUUUCUCUGCUGGGCAUGCAUCCAUAUCCCAGCUGCCCAUCUGGUGGAUCCUUGGGGUCACCCCCACAGCUUCCUACAUGUGUGGGAAAGAAAGAAAUAAAUUACGCACACACAGAAAUGUUUAUCUGACCUGGCUAGGAAAUGGAAAAAGCAAGCAGGUAUUUCCUGUGUCUGCCACAGUAUUUGGCCUCAUUACCUGAGAAUUUUAUUUCCUUUACAUGUGCUGAUUCAGUCAUAUUUUGCAAAUUUUUAAAAAUUCUUCAGAAAGUAAAUUAAAAAACCCAAACAAACCUGUCUAAAGAGCAGUUACAGAACAUUCGGUCCCUGGAAGAUACUCAGCAAAAUCUUUGAGAAGCUAAGCUUAUAUAUUUUACUUCUAAGCAGCUUUAGAGUUUAUUUGAUUUCUUUUGGCUAACAUUAAAAAGAAAUAGGAAAACUGCCUGCACUGUUAGCAGAAAAUAAAAUCCUGUUGCAAGCAAGCCAUGUUUCCCUGCUAUGCAAUGGGCUGCUGUAAGAAAAAAGAAGCUGACAAGUUUGCACUCACUUAUGCCAAAUAACCCCAACAACGUAGAACUGCAUAACAUCUGACAAGUUCUAGUCUCAGACACGCUGUAUUAACAUUGAUUCUCACUAAAACUAUUUAAUGUGCGUCUAAUCUGCUGUUUUACUGUAAACUUGACUGUUUAGCAUUUCUUAAGUGCUGAGGUGAAAUGUUGACAAGGGAGUUGCCUUAUAUCUCUCAAAACAUUCACUGUAUAAAUGAGAAAAAUAAACCUUUUCAUAUCUCUGGAAAAGAAGAAAUGUACUAUCAACGGAGCUGUAUAUUUGUGUAUAAAUAGACAGACAUGUGAAUGCCUGACCUCGUGCACUCGUGCUCCUUGUGCUCCAGUGU